AUGUCGCUCAAAUGCCCAACCGAUCUGGUGCAUUUCCAGCAGGCCUUUGUGUUCAAGAAACCCACCGUCGGCGGCAGCAACAGCGGCUGCCCUUCACCCACACCCGACGAAAGCCGAUGCAGCAGCCGCACUCGGUCGUCCAGCGAUUCAGCUGCAGCAACACCGGCUCUGCAGCACAACGAGCGCCUCGAGUACCUCGGCGACGGCAUCCUCACCGCCACUGUCGGUGCAUAUCUCUUUGAGCGCUUCCCUUACGAGCAGGAGGGCUUCCUGACCAAGAUGCGCACUCGCAUCGUGUGCUCCUCGGCCCUGUGCCAGUUUGCGCGGUAUCUGCAGCUCGCUCGCUUCAUCGAGCUGCCCAACGGAUACAGCUCGUCGCGCAUCCAAGAAGACGCCUUUGAGGCCUUUGUCGGGGCCAUCAUCGCCACCUGGGGAAUGGAAGAGGGGUUCCGCUAUGCCCGGCGAUUCAUCAUCAACAUCAUCGAGAACCUCGUCGACUUUUCAUACCUGAUCCAGAACAACAACAACCACAAGGACAUCCUGCAGCGCUUCUUCCAGUCCCGUCGCUGGCACAAUCCGAAAUACGUCGAAGUCGAGUCCGAGUACUGCAUGAUGUUUGUGCGGCUGGUCCUAGUGGACGCCCAGUUCCGUGACCAGCUCCCGCAAAACGUCCUCUCCUACGACCAGCAGAUCCGGCGAGACUUCAAGAUCAAUGCUCAUUCCAAGCAAGUCAUUGUUGGAAUGGGAAAGUCUGGUAAAAAGAUCACGGCCGAGCAACGGGCCUCCAAGAUCGCGCUGGUCAAUUUCAACAUACCCAGGCACUUUUGA